CCUUUUUCAUUUAUGAUGAUAAUAAAUAAGGUCAAACAAAAACCACAACUCGACUAGUCUGAUCAAAACUUCAAAAACAUUUAUAACUAUGGUUGCUGCUGUUUCAUCUGGGACUUCUUUCUACACCAAAAGUCCCAUCAAACGACAACUCCCAGAAAGAGGCUGCAGCCAAAGAGGUGUCGUUUUGGUGCGUUGCCUCCAUAGCCGUGAACCAAUCAACGGUACAAGAGCAACAACCAAGGGUGAAGAUCCAAAGGAAGAGAAGAAAACGAUGUCGUUUGAUGUGUCACUGGGUGGUUUUGAGAAGUUGGGAAAGUGUUUGAGAGAGAAUUUGAGCCCAAAGCAAAAGGGUGAUUGGAAAGACUUGACUUUGAUGAGCUUGUCGUUUGCUGUUUAUGUUUAUAUUUCACAGAAGCUUGUUUGUGCUUACUUUGCUUGGAUUAUGUCCAUGCCCAAACAACUAUGGUAGAUUUUCAUUCUUAUACUUUCUGGGACUUUCAUUCUAAUGUCUGUGAUCGUGGAAAAUUGGAAAGUGGGUUGUGAAGAGAUCUUUGUAUAUUGGAUCUGAAUAUUUGGGUUUGGUUUUAAUAGUUGUUGUAUAAAUGUAUUGGAAUUUACAGAUUAGUAUUCAAUAAUAUAGUUUUAAUCCAUUUGUUAAA